AUGGGGCCAGGCCUAUAUGAUGUCUCGGGGAAACCUUUCGAUGACUCAGGAGCGAUACCAUCGCCAGCGGUGCAGAAUAGACUUCGUCGCGUGCCUGAUAAGUUUCCGCCUGUCGCCUUACUGAUUCUCAUAGUCGAGCUGGGUGAGCGAUUCACUUACUUCGGGCUAAGUGGACCCAUUCAAAACUAUAUCAACAACCCAUAUGAUCCUGGGUCCGAUCUCCCCGGUGCCCUAGGCAAAGGUCAAGCUGUGGCAUCAGCCUUGGGGAAUUUCUUCAAAUUCUGGGCAUAUGCAUCCACCAUAAUAGGUGCAAUCAUGGCAGACCAGUACUUGGGGAAAUUCAAAGCCAUCGCCAUCUCACUAGCGAUAUACAUCGUUGGCCUGAUUAUCUUAGUGAGCACUUCGACACCACAGGGAAUUCAAAGCGGAUCUGGCCUUGGUGGUCUUAUUGCAGCAAUGGUCAUCAUUGGUCUGGGCACAGGCGGUAUCAAGGCGAACGUGACUCCCAUGUGUGCUGAGCAGUACCAGAAUGCCGAGCCUGUAUUGAAAACGCUCAAAUCAGGGGAACAGGUGAUUGUGGACCCUGAACUGACGGUCGAGCGCCUCUUUAUGUGGUUUUACUGGGUUGUCAAUGUCGGGGCCCUUUCACCAUUGAUCACGGUCAAUAUCGAGGCAAAGAAGUCAUUUUGGCUAGCCUAUCUAAUCCCUUUGAUAGUCAUUAUUCUCUCCGGCGCGGUGUUUUUGGCGGGGCAAACGCGUUACGUUAAGAUUCCACCAAAGGGAUCUGCCAUAAUGGACGCAUGCCGUGUGUUGAAUAUCGUUCGGCAAGAAAAGCACUUCGAAAAGGCAACACCUUCGGCUCUUCAGGAAUCAGGAAGAAUCGACAGGUAUACUUUCGCACAGGCUGCUCAGUACACUGAUGAAUAUGUCUUAGACGUUCGUCGAGGGUUCAUGAGCUGUAGGAUGUUUAUCUUUUUCCCAUUUUAUUUCAUUUGUUGGAUUCAGAUAUGGAACAACCUCAUUUCUCAAGCCGGGCAAAUGGCCCUGCACGGAACCCCAAAUGACCUUCUUCAAAACCUUGACCCAAUUGCCUUGUGCAUUUUUAUCCCUCUGCUUGAUCUGGUAAUCUACCCAAUGCUUCGCAAAUUCAAGAUCAACUUCAGUCCCGUGCGCCGAAUUUUCACAGGUUUUAUUCUGGCCUCGAUUUCGAUGGUGUACGCAAGCGUUCUGCAACAUUACAUCUAUAUUUCUCCUCCAAAAAGCAUUCAUGUAUGGAUUCAAGCCCCUGCAUAUGUUUUUGUUGCCUUCUCCGAGGCCUUCAUCAUUGUUACCGGGCUUGAACUUGCAUUUACACAUGCUCCUAAGAAUCUGAGGUCCGUGAUUUCGGCUCUUUUCUGGCUUACCAUUGGAAUUGCUGCUGCGAUCUGCAUCGGUUUAAGCCCGGUUUCACAAGAUCCAUACCUGGUUUGGAUGUACGGAUCCCUCGCAAUUGUGGGCUUUGUGGCAGGAUGUUUAUUUUUUCUUUGCUUCCAAAAGAGCAAUUCUCUGAACCCGGCCGCGCAACAGCUGGACGAAGAUGUACCAGUGGCCCCAUAUGCGGCAGCGAACACCUCCGAUCCCCCGGGGAAUGGAAAACCCUGCGAAUAA